AUGAGCAAAGCUUUGAACCAGAUUUCCAAGUCGCCCUUCACGUAUAGGAUUGAAGGAGCAACUCUUCCCCGACGUUUCCAUCAACUAACAUUCACCAUCUACAAUGGGCGGACGGAUCCGGUGGAACAUGUGAGCCAUUUCAAUCAGAGAAUGGCUGUCCAUUCUAAGGACGAGGCCUUGAUGUGCAAGGUGUUCCCAUCCAGUCUAGGACCAGUGGCAAUAAGAUGGUUCGACGGCUUGAGGGCAGAUUCAAUAGAUUCCUUCAAGGAGCUCACUCGGGUUUUUGGCUCUUAUUUUAUUACAUGUACCAGGGUCCCUCGGCCUUUGGACUCCUUACUGUCUUUGUCCAUGCAAGAAGGAGAGACCCUAAAAACAUACUCGGACAGGUACUGGGAGAUGUACAACGAGAUAGACGGUAACUUUGAUGACGUCGCCAUUAGUAUCUUUAAGAGUGGCCUCCCAAUUGAGCAUGGCUUAAGGAAGUCCCUAACAGGAAAACCUAUCACCAGUCUACGCCAACUUAUGGACCAGAUUGACAAGUAUAAAAGGGUUAAGGAAGACCAGCAACUAGGUAAAGGAAAGGCUAAGGAUAUCCCUCAGGAGAUGAGGGAUUCCAGGUUGGAUAGAUAUAGUAAUAACUGA